AUAAGAAUAAAUACAGGAGGAAGCGAAGAAGAAGAAGAAGAGUGAAGGAGAAGAAGAAAAAAAAGAGGAGGUUUUUAAAGUGUUUGUCUACCAUUGCCGACUUCAAUUUCUCUCUUCUUUCACUCUUUUCUGCACAGCAUAAUUCAGAGUGCAGAGUUUGUGAGAGAGAUGAAUUGCGGUGGCGUUGUGGUGAGGUUUGGUUUGUGGGUGGUGGCGCUGUCCAUUGCCGGCUACAUAGUGGGUCCCCCUCUCUACUGGCACCUCAUCGAACUCAUCAACCAUUCUUCUUCUUCUUGCACUCCCUGCGUCUGUGAUUGCUCUUCCCAACCCAUCAUUUCCAUUCCCCAAGGGCUUAGCAACUCUUCGUUUGAAGAUUGUGCAAAGCACGAUCCAAAGGUGGAUGGAGACACCGAAAACAAUGUUGCAGAGCUACUGUCAGAAGAACUAAAUCUCCGGGAAACUGAAGCUUUGAAAAAUCAGCAUCGUGCUGACAUGGCUCUGCUGGAAUCUAAGAAGAUUGCAUCUCAGUAUCAAAAAGAAGCAGACAAGUGUAAUUCAGGAAUGGAGACAUGUGAGGAAGCCAGGGAAAAGUCUGAGAUGGCCUUAGUGGCUCAGAAGAAGCUCUCUGCACUAUGGGAACUCAGGGCUCGUCAUAAAGGAUGGAAAGAAGGUCUUGCCAAAUCUAAUUCUCACUCUAAAGGGAAACUGCAGUCUGCUUAAACUGGUGUGACCUACAUGUAGUUAUUGCAUACUAGUUUGAAAGGGAAGUUAUAUAUAUAGUUGGGGUAGUAGCAAAUCAUCAUAGGUUCCAUAUAAUUCUGGUAUAUCCAUAGAGUCAAAACUGUAAAAUCACAAUACAGAUGUUGCUGUAUUUCUAACCUCCAUUUUUGGUACUUACUAAGUAUUUAAGACAAUUGAAAGCUGGAAAGUGUUAGGUUUUUGUGACAAA